CUGUUGGAUACUGCGUGUCUGCAGCAGAAAAAGGGCAACUUUGAAGCUCAGAUGUGCAAACAGCUUUAAAGGACUAAGCAAUCUCUUGGCAGAUGCAUCAAGCAAAAAUCUGAAACUACAAACCAGGGCUGUCAUCCAAGGACUUCAUCAGAAGUGACAGAAACCUGCUAAUAAGAGAGAAGCUGCAGGAACCCACAAUGCCAUCUCUCCAGCUGCCACUGCUGCUCCUCUGCCUGACCCUGUCUGGUGUCUGCCUCAACCAGGGGCAGCCCCUUCCAGAGGGAAGUGAGAAGAUGGGAAGAAGUCCCCUGGAUGACAUCCUGCAGAGAUCGGAAAGCCUCAUUCUUCAGUCUGUCCUCAAGAAAGCCGAAAAGAAAGAAGAGAUGAAUAAAGAACCAAAUGCCCCUCUGCCAGAAUGGCUUUCCAAAAGACAACACCCUGGGAAAAAGUUCCUAAGUGACCUGGAAAAGAGACAGCAUCCUGGAAAAAGAGAUGUUGAGAAAGACACAUCUUAUGGAGACAUUCAGAAGAGGCAGCAUCCAGGGAAAAGAGAGAUUGAAGACCACCUUGGUGGCUAUCUGGAGCUGAAAAAGCGCCAGCAUCCUGGCAGAAGGUCACUGUCGGAUCAGUAUGCUGCCAUCCCCAGUGUUCAGCUAACCUACUUGAAUGAGUUGGCCAAAAGGCAGCACCCAGGCAGAAGGUAUCUGGUGUACAAGCGCCAGCACCCUAGCAAAAGAGCCUGGAGUGAUGAGGUAGACGUUAAUGACCAACACAGUGAGAAACACCAGCACUCUGGAAAAAGGCUCUGGAAUUCUGACAACCCAGAUGAUGCAGGGCCCUGCAACAUUCAGGAGACCUUCGCCUGCAACAAAGGCAGCUUGUUGCUUGAUUUAGUAGAAAACGUUAGCAAAGACAGGGUAGAAGAAAAACGUCAGCACCCAGGAAAGAGAUCAGCAUGGGAGAGUGAAACAGAGGAAUGAGAGUAAUUGUGUAUCAUGUGCAUUUGGUGAAGUAAACUGCCAGAUCACUAAAAAAUUCUGUUCACUGCCUUUUGGCUUCCCACUGCUGACCUCUGCCCCCAUCUUUCGGUGUGUUAAUGUUCCCAUGUAAGUUAACAGCUUUGUCACACACUUAAAUUAAAGGAACUAAAGGACCCAGCUGAAUGGGACAGGCAAAUCCUGAGAGUCUUCAACUCCCCCACUUUAGGAAUCUAAGAGAGCUCACUUUCUUAUGAGCCCAGACCCCAGAAUAAUCCCACGGUGUGCGUCCAAUUUUCUGUUCCCAAAUGACUAACAUGGGCUCUUAAAUAUCUGUUCUGAUGGAAGUGGAAUAAUUAUAUGGUCUCCUCUCAUGUCAGUGAAAUCAGUAAAUUAAGCAAAGGAGAAAAAAGAACAACAUAUACCACCUAUUUCAAAUUGAAAUUGAAUAGGUUUUCAAUUCUAAAUGAUAAAUUAAUGGGACAUGAACCCUUGCGUGCUACAACCUGUCCAGACAGUAGGCACUCAACAGAGAUAGGAACCGUUCCCACUGGAGCAGAUUAGAUGACUGGCUUCAUAGUUUGACUUAAAACUGGCACUUUAAACCCCUUUUCAUCUUUGAGGCUGCACAGUGCAAAGGGUUAAUGCAUCCCAGAGCAUCUCAACCACAAGCUGUGAACCCCACUGCGCACACCCCGCCACCCGCGUGUCCACAUUUCAGUCGUGCCACUGGAAAUCAUGCCUUCUCCUCAGACAUUUAUAAUGAAACAAGCAGACAUCCUUUUUUUUCCAACAAGGGUUUCUGAUUUCUCCCCUCCCAAAGGAAUGCCUUUACUGUCUAUGGUCAGACU